AUGAAGAAGGGACGCGCAGCCAAGCAGUGCAAGAUGAGGAUGGCGCAGGGUUGCAGUGUGGCCACCCUGCUGAACUGUGCGGACAACAGCGGCGCCAAGAACCUCUACAUCAUUGCGGUCUUUGGAAUUGGUGGCCGCUUGAACAAGUUGCCGAACUGCUCCCCCGGUGAUCUGGUGCUGUGCAGUGUGAAGAAGGGCAAGCCAGAGCUCCGCAAGAAGGUGCUCAAGGGGGUUGUCAUCCGCCAGAAGAAAGCCUGGAGACGCCGCGAAGGCGUCUACGUCUACUUCGAGGACAACGCGGGCGUCAUCGUGAACGACAAGGGCGAGAUGAAGGGCUCUGCCAUCCAGGGCCCCGUGGCCAAGGAGUGCGCAGAGCUUUGGCCCAAGAUCGCCUCGUGCGCGCCCGCCAUCUGCUGA